GCCUGCGCUACCGGCCACAGCCAGCCCGGCGCGGGCGCUCCGCCGCCGGACCCGCUCCCGGCCCCGCUCCGCGCUCCGGCCCCGCUCCGCCGAGCGCCAUGGACACAUAGCCUCGGCACUACGCAGGAAGAUGCGCAAUCCCAUCCCAGGCCUGGGCAGGGUGAUGGUGUUCCUCACAGCAUCCCUGGCAUCAGCCUCCCUCGCCGUCCCCAAGGGCUGGGGAGAGGAAGGUGUGCAGUACGGACAAGUGGGGACAGACGUGACCCUGUUGUGUACCGGUGCCCAUGCUGGCGCUGUGGUGCAGUGGAGACGGACAGAUGCUGCAGCACUGCCGGAGGGCUCAGUCAUCCAUCAGGGAGCCCUGGUGCUGCCUCAGGCCAGCCUGGCCACCACGGGAGCCUACAGCUGCCAUGGCGAGGACGGUGGCCUCCUGCACGCCGUGUCCCUGCAGCUGGGAUACCUGCCGGGGGUCCCCUUUGUGUCCUGCAGAGCAUCCGACUAUGAGAAUUUCUCCUGCUCCUGGACCUCCAGUGUGGAGACCUUCCUCCCCACCAGAUACAUCACCACCUACAGGAAGAAAUCGCUGACAGGUGAAGAGAGGCGGAGGAACAAGAACGGGCACAUGGGGCCGUGCCUGCAGGAUCCAUCCCGCCCCGGCACCUGCACCGUCCAUGGGUCCGAGUUCUGGAGCUCCUACCGCCUGAACAUCACCGAGGUGAACCCCCUGGGCUCCAGCUUCCGCCUCCUGGACGUCACCAUGCAGGCCAUCAUUAAGCCAGACCCUCCGGAGGGCUUGGUGGUGGAGCCCAUCCCCUUGGCCCCACGGAGGCUCCUCGUGAGCUGGAAGUACCCCUCCUCCUGGCCCAAGGAACCCCACUUCCAGCUCCGAUUCCGGCUGCAGUACCGGCCCGUCAUCCACCGCUCCUGGUCGGUGGUGGAGACAGUGAACCUGUCCGAGGUGAUCACAGAUGCCUUUGCUGGGCUGGAGCACGUGGUCCAAGUCAGCGCCAAGGAUUUCCUGGAUGCGGGAAACUGGAGCGAGUGGAGCGCCGAGGCCCGGGCAACGCCAGCCAGAGACCUGGUCACCACAGCGAGUGAAGAAACCACUACAGACACCAGCCUGGAAAGCCUGGCCGAGGAGCCCUCCCAGGCUCCCAACCCUGAGCCCAUCAACCGCAGCGAGCCCCUGGAGAAGACGGUGGUCCUGGUGUCCCUUGGGAUCUUCGCCUUCUUUGUCCUGGCUGCUGUUCUCAUCGUCACCAUCCUCAUCUGGCUCCGGGUUAGGAAGCACAGCGAGGACAAGACCAAACCCCACAGCUUCUUGGUUGCUGCCACCCACUUGAAGGCACUACCGAAGGCCCAGAUUUUGUAGUGAUCCCUGGCCGACCCCUGCUCCCUGCGCCCGCUGUCCCAUGCGUGGAACUUGAUGCCACUGCUGGUCCCCAAGGACCCCACGCUUCCCGGGUCGCCCCACGGCCAUGGACAUUGCCAGAACAGCCCCCAGCACCCUGGGGAUGCAGUAUGGAUCCUAAGGAGAGAGGUUGUGCUUCCAGAAGCUUUGGGCUGCCCAUGCCCGCCCGGAGCUGUCUGGAGGCACCUUGGACUCAAGGCAACGGGGCCAGCCCUGCUGCUGAACACAUGGGGAUAAGAGGCUGAGCCAGCCGUACCUCACUGCCUAGUGUCGAGGGGGACUGUGCGUGCAGGCUCCUUGGGGUGCCGGGCAUCAGUGAGCAGGGGGUGCUGAGCCCUGCCCGUCACCCCUCACCAGCCUGCAGAAGGGACCCCCCCAGUCUGCCUGCCCCUCUCCCGCAUGCUGUGCCUGGAGAGCACAGUGGUUCCAAUAAAGGGGAUAGUGUUGGCACUGUCCUGGCAAAACCA